CUUUGAGCAGGUUCACUCUCCUUAACACAUCACACAAAGAGCCAAACUGAGAAGGAGCCAGGAAGAUGUUCACCAACAAACAUCCAAGUUGUUCAACCUUCAUCUUUCUGUUUUUACCGUUACUCCUACAGUUUUAUUCUGGUAAAAGUGAACUCCAAUUGAAUUACUACUCGGAGAGCUGCCCAAGGGCUGAAGAGAUCGUGAAAAAACAAGUCACCGACCUGUACAAUAAGCACGGAAACACAGCUGUUUCAUGGAUCAGAACUAUAUUUCAUGAUUGCAUGGUUAAGUCAUGCGAUGCAUCAGUGUUGUUGGCAACAACACGUGAAAUAGAGUCAGAGCUGAAAUCUCAGAGGAGUUUUGGGAUGAGAAAUCUCAAGUACAUAAACACUAUCAAACAGGCCCUUGAGACUGAAUGCCCCAUGACUGUUUCUUGUGCUGAUAUUGUUGCUCUUUCUGCAAGAGAUGGUGCUGUCAUGCUAGGAGGUCCACACAUUGAAAUGAAAACCGGACGAAAGGAUGCCAAGGAAACCUAUGCAAUGCAAGUGGAAGACUUCAUUCCUAACUUCAAUGAUUCCAUGUCACUGGUUCUAUCCAGUUUUCAAUCAAUUGGCAUCGAUGUCGAAGGAACAGUCGCUCUUCUAGGAGCUCACUCGGUGGGACGAGUCCAUUGCCUGAAUCUUGUUGACAGACUCUACCCCACAGUUGACCCUACCUUGGAUCCCGAGUAUGCUGAGUACCUCAAGCGUCGGUGUCCAACACCGGUGCCUGAUCCGAAGGGGGUGGAAUAUGCAAGGAAUGAUCGCGAAACACCUAUGGUGCUCGAUAAUAUGUACUACAAGAACCUGCUGAACAAUAAGGGACUACUACUAAUUGAUCAGCAACUCACUACUGAUCCAAACACAUCUCCUUUUGUCCAGAAAAUGGCUGCUGAUAAUAGCUACUUCCAUGACCAGUUUUCCAGGGCUCUCCUUUUAUUAUCGGAGAAUAAUCCGCUCACUGGAGAUCAAGGAGAGAUAAGAAAGGAUUGCCGCUAUGUGAAUAGUGGCUAAAAUUUGUUCUCACUUGCACACACAUAUAUAAAUAUAUAUAUAAAAGAAAUGAAGAAGAACUCAUUUCAGUUUAAUUUAUGUUUGCAGUGAUAGUAGUAGUAUUAGAGGCAUAAUCAAAUUUGAAGAUUUUCAUACUAUAUAAUUUGUUCCAUUUUGUCAAUCAUUUAGUUGUUUUACAGGAUCUACAAAAUUAUAAA